AUGAAACAUGUUCCCCGUUCCGAGAACAUUGUUCCAAUCAUGAUAUGGUCCUCACCGAUUUUUUUGGCUGGCUCUUCUGCAUCGAAAGGCCGUGAGUCGGUGGCACUGGUUUUCUCCGUCGGUGUCGUCCGUCCUCAUGUUGCUAUGCUACUUGAUGGCAUCCGCCACCAGCUCGUGACCACUCCACAAGUCCCGCUGAGUUUAUCGGGGGACUGGUUGUGGGCGGAGAUGUUGGUGCUCUUCGAGACCCCCGCGGGCUUCGCCCUAUUCAAGGUGCUCGACGAGGGGAAGCUCGACAAGGUCGAGGAUCUAUGGAAGGAGUUCACGACGUCGGACUCAGCAAGAAAGGUGGUUGAGCUGAAGGCUUUCAACAAGUUUGAGAACACAUCUGAUGCCCUAUCUGCGGCAACCCUGAUUAUUGAUAGCAAGCCUAGCAAGGGUCUGCGCAAGUUCUUGCAGAAACAUUGCGAGGGUGAAACAUUGGCAGUUGCUGAUUCUAAGCUUGGAAAUGCUAUAAAAGAAAAGCUGAAAAUUGACUGCCUUCACAAUAGUGCUGUGAUGGAGCUGAUGAGAGGGCUGAGAAAUCAGCUCACCGAGCUUAUAACUGGGUUGGGUGCACAAGACCUUGGUCCAAUGAGCUUGGGAUUGUCCCACAGCUUGUCUAGGUAUAAGCUGAAGUUCAGUCCUGAGAAGGUUGAUACCAUGAUCAUUCAAGCGAUUGGAUUAUUGGAUGAUCUUGACAAGGAGCUUAACACUUACGCCAUGAGAGUUCGUGAAUGGUAUGGCUGGCACUUUCCAGAACUCACCAAAAUAGUUACAGAUAAUAUACAGUAUGCCAAAGUUGUGAAGAUGAUGGGCAACAGAGCUAAUGCAGUCAACCUUGACUUUUCUGAGAUAUUGUCAGAUGAAGAGAUAGAAACACAGCUAAAGGAGGCAGCAGUAAUAUCCAUGGGAACAGAAGUUAGUGACCUUGACUUGUCAAAUAUCAGAGAGCUAUGCGAUCAAGUGUUGGCCCUUUCUGAGUACAGAACCCAGCUAUAUGACUAUUUAAAAAGCAGGAUGAACACUAUCGCACCAAAUCUGACAGCACUGGUGGGCGAAUUAGUUGGUGCUCGCCUUAUUGCGCAUGGUGGAAGUUUGCUAAAUUUGGCUAAGCAGCCUGGUAGCACAAUUCAGAUACUUGGUGCGGAGAAGGCUUUAUUCAGAGCUCUGAAGACGAAGCAUUCUACACCUAAGUAUGGCCUCAUCUACCAUGCAUCCUUAAUUGGGAAGGCUUCUCAAAAGCACAAGGGAAAAAUCUCUCGUUCUCUUGCUGCAAAAACUGCUCUGGCCAUCCGAUAUGAUGCCCUUGGUGAUGGUGAGGACAACUCCAUUGGUACUGAGAGUCGACUCAAGCUCGAGACACGGCUUCAAGUUCUUGAGAAUAGAGAACUUGGGAAAUCAGCUGGUUCCACAAAGGGGAAGCCCAAGAUAGAAGUGUAUGAAAAGGACCGGAAGAAGGGUGCUGGGGCUUUAACAACUCCUGCUAAGACAUACAACCCUGCAGCUGAUCUGGUACUUGCUGAAGAAACACCAAAGAAGUCAGAAUUGGCUUCAAAGAAGAGGAAACAUCAUGAGGUGAAAACUGAACCAUCAGCAGAGCCUGCAGAUGAAGCAAUCCAGGAGGAUGGUGACCAGGAGGACCGGAAGAAGAAGAAGAAGAAGAAGUCCAAGGAAAGCGAGGAGGCUCCUGCUGUUGAAGGUGAUGGGGAGAAGAAAAAGAAAAAGAAGUCCAAGGAGGCCGAGGAUGAGCCUGCUGUGGCUGCUGCCUCAGAAGGUGAGAAGAAGAAGAAGAAAAAGAAGUCUGAUGCUGAUGGUGAGGAUGUUGUAAUGCAAACCGAAGAGUCUGGUAAGAAAGAUAAGAAGAAAAAGAAGAAAAAGCAUGCUGAUGAUGAGUGCUGA